UCAGACUGCCCCUCUGCUGCCAUCUAUCACACAGCAGCAAUGUGCAGUGGAAUAUUGGUGGGAAGGUUCCACCACUGCUGCCAUACCACCCCCAUCCACCUCUGCUGUUGUGGGCCAACAUCAUAAAAUAGGAGGCAUUACUUUCAGGGCAGCCUUCAGAAAAUGUACAAUAUAGUUCAUGUAUGUAAGUAACAAAACUUAUUUUAAUCUUUAAUAUUUUUUAUUAAAACAACAACAAGCAAAAACCCAAGAACUAGUGGUAUAUGUGACCUUCCCUUUGUGAAACUAACGCAUUCUCCCUAGUUUGAUGGCAAUGGCCGUAAUCCUUAGUGAGGUCUCAAGCUUUUGGUCAGAGAUUUUUUGAUCAGUAAGGCAUGAUUGUGAAGUGAGGAAUGUUUUUCUCUGUUAAGAGAGGUCUUAUAAAAGUAAAGAGACAUGGUCAGAUUUUUGAGCUGAAUGUCUGAUUGUAACUCCAUACAUUCCGUUUGAAAAUUCUCAGUUUCAAGUAUUUAUUUAUUUAUUUGGCAGUCUUGAAACCUAUUCUCAAACCCCUCUAUCAGAACAGGAAGCAUGGCUGCAUAUUUUUCUUUGUUCAAUAGGUCUGUGCUUAGCCAGUGUAUCGAAAUGUGAGGGCAGAUGGGUCUGGGCCAUGCUGCCAGCUGUGCUAGGCUGCGUGUGGCCUGUAGGCUGAGUGUGCCUGCAUUAGGGAGAAGGACAAGGUGAUACUUUCCUGUAGAAAGUAGAUGCGGGUGACUUACUAGAAGAUCAGCUCCCCAUAGAUAAUAUAUGGCAUUGACACCAACUUGUGUGUCUUUCUGGUUUUAUUUUUCACUUCUGUUUUGUCUUUUAAAGUCCUUAGUCCAUCCUGAAAUGAAGUGUAACUUACUAUUGAGACCAUACCUGCUGUUUGGAAGGUUCUGGGUGAGGAUACCAGUAAAAUGGCCACAUUCUUAGAUAGGGAUUCCUGCAAAGUGCUCAAUGAGUUCACACUGGCACCACAGAACUGGAGGACCAGCUUCUAUCUGCUGCUGCACAGGAGGCCUUUUUCGGUCCCGUGGCUUUGACAGGAGUGUAAAUGGGCCCCAGACAUACUGCAGUCCUAUUUCCAUAGUCUUUAUGUGCACAUUCAACUCAUGCAUGCUAUGGCCAUGGCUAUUUUUGGUACUUCUCUAGUGCUAUUCAGAAAGAACAAUUUCAUUUCACUUUCCCUUUUAUUGUAUGUUGCUACCAAACCUGUGGUGCUUUGACUUGUGAACAUCCUGGGAGGCUGCAACCACCACGCACAGCUUGCUUGCAGCUCUGACCUUGCUAAAGCAAACUCAGUGGUGUCAGCACAGCCUCCUUGGUUAGUUUUUCACUCUCACUUUUCAUCCUUCUUUUUUAGAGCCUCCUGUUGACUAUUAAGUUAUUUUCUUCUCACUGGGAGUGAUAUGGUUUUAACAUAAAUGCCCUCAGUGAGAAUCACCCUGCUACUUGAGUACUUCAUCCUUUUCUUCUUUUCAGGAUGCCUUUCUAUACAGAAGUAUGCUAUAGGUAUAAUUUACUGUAAUUUCCAUCUCUUUGGCCUAAUCCUUACUCUAAUGCCGUCAGCUCGUCCUUGUUUCAUUGCGUCUCCUCAACAUCCAGGUGCUAUCUGCCAUUAGGCAGUGAACCCUUUGCUAUGGGACUGUUGCACCAAAAGGCCUUUGGUAGUUGGAAGCUUAUGAGCCCUUGAGGAGGGAAGUACUGCUUUCUUCCCUGGUCAGCCAGCUAAAUCUUUAUCUGAUGCAAACAAAUGUAGUGGAAAGAGCAAAGAACUGAGGCAGCUGAUACGGAGGUUUAACUGCAGCUCUGAGUCAUUUGGGGUUCUGGUAUAGCACUUUUGCAGCUCCAUGGAGCAUUGCUUUCUGGCUGAGUUAUAAAGCUCAGCAGUAUUAAUUUGUACGUCUGGCUCUUAGAGAGGCACUGCUUUCAAAGAACUGCAAUACAAAUAAUUUUCUCUCUUCAGAUCUUACAAAUCAUAUGCUUUAUGUAACAUCAUAUAUCUUUCUUAUAUCUGUACUGAAAAGUCUUAGUUUAACUGUAGAAAUAGCCUCUAUGUACAGAGUGGUCAUCCUUGGUCACCCUUGUUGCCUUUUGCUGAGCCUUCUCCAGUUCUGCUCUAGGGAAGGGUAUGAAUUGCAGAACAGAUUUAUACAGCAACAUAGUGAUGGUCUCUGAUUUGGCAUCUUUUCAUUUCCAUAUCCCUGUAUACUUCUGUGUGCAUAAUUAUUUUCCCAUGGCUGAGCAGAGAGCUGGUGUCUCCAUGGAGCUGCCUGUCUAGCAGUGGGACCUUUCUCCUGAGCAAUAGCGAUGUGCUCAGAGUUCAUCGCUGUGGGACGUUGGGAUCGGCUUUCCUGAAUAUGUUUGAUUUCACUUGCUGUUUUAUUUUACAAUCAUUCAGUCCCUAGUUUCUUAGUUUUCUCCAUUGAUACUCCGUGGAAUAACCUUUGGUCACCAGCACAUGGUGUCACCUCGUGGCUUGUGCCCCUUCCAGAGCACAGGUGUAAUAACUUUGCUGAGACCUCUUUUGCUGGAUGUGGUGCCAACUAUCCAACAGACGGCUGCUUUGGCUCUCGGGAGACUUGCCUACUUUAACGAUGACCUGGCAGAGGCAGUCGUGACUGGAGACAUUCUUCCAUCGCUCGUGUGCUCAUUGUCUGAGAAGAAUCGUUUCUACAAGAAAGCAGCUGCAUUUGUGCUAAGAGCAGUUGGUAAACAUUCUCCAGAGCUAGCUCAGGAAAUAGUUGAGUGUGGAGCGCUGGAAGCACUUGUAUUUUGCUUGGAAGAUUUUGAUCCUGGAGUCAAAGAAGGUGCAGCUUGGGCACUCGGUUACAUUGCCCGACACAAUUCAGAACUGUCACAAGCUGUGGUGGAUGCAGGAGCCGUUCCUCUUUUAGUGCUCUGUAUCCAGGAGCCAGAAAUUGCUUUGAAAAGGAUUGCUGCUUCAACUCUUAGCGAUAUUUCAAAGCAUUCUCCAGAGUUAGCGCAGACAGUAGUGGAUGCAGGAGCUAUCGCUUUCUUAGCUCAGAUGAUCCUGAACCGUGAUGCUAAACUGAAGUGUCAGGUGCUGUCAGCGCUAAGUCAAAUAGCAAAGCAUUCAGUGGAUCUUGCAGAGUUGGUGGUUGAAGCAGAAAUUUUCCCAGUUGUGCUCACAUGCCUGAAGGACUCGGAUGAAUAUGUCAAGAAAAAUGGUGCAACUUUAAUUAGAGAGAUAGCAAAGCAUUCGCCUGAGCUUUCACAGUUUAUAGUAAAUGCAGGUGGAGUUGCCGCUGUGAUUGAUUGUAUUGGCAGCUGCAAAGGGACUGUCAGACUGCCUGGCAUCAUGAUGCUUGGUUAUGUAGCAGCUCAUUCAGAGAACCUGUCAAUGGCAGUUAUUGUCUCCAAGGGAAUACCACCACUGUGUACCUGCUUGUUAGAAGAAGAUGAAGAUCAUAUUAAGGCAGCAGCUGCGUGGGCCUUGGGACAGAUUGGAAGACAUACUCCUGAGCACGCACGUGCUGUAGCAGAAACAGAUGUGCUAGCCACACUGCUUACUCUGUAUAUGGACAUACGCAGUUCAGAAGAUCUUCGGCUGAAAAGUAAAACAGCCUUAAAGAACAUCCUUCAGAAAUGCACUUAUCUUCCAGUACUUGAAUCAUUGCUGUACGAAGCCCCUCCCAAUAUUAUGAAAUACAUAGUUGGGCAGUUUAGCAAGGUGUUACCACACGACACUAAAGCACGUUGUCUCUUUGUAAAAACUGGUGGGCUUAAAAAGCUUCAAGAAAUAGAAGCAGAACCUGGGUCGGUUCUUCAGGAGUACAUCAACACUAUUAACAGUUGCUAUCCAGAGGAAGUAGUAAGGUAUUAUUCCCCUGGAUAUUCUGAUAUGCUUCUGGAACGAGUGGAAAAUUACCAACCAGUUUUAUAAACUUCAAUUUUUAUUAGAGCUGUAUUUCACGUUUACGCUUUUAUGACUGUAAUACAAAUACAGCUGCUGAAACUCUUGUUAGAUUCUGAAAUCUACUUCUACUGUUUGAACCACAGCAAGACCUCAGUAUUUCCAGCAAGCUGUGUUUUAUUCUUUAUAAAAAUGUUGCUAAGUUUUUUGUUCUUAUUUGUUUUUCUCUAACUUUGUGACCAGGCACUGAAGCAUAUAUCAGUGGAAUUUCAUGCAAGGGUGUUGAUUUAUCACAGAAGCUUUUUUAGAAUCAGUCAUUUCCUUUUCCUUCCACAAGAAAGGUUUGUUAUUAUCUCAUUCAAAUUUUAUCCUUCUCAGCACUUUAUCAAUUUUUCCCCCUUUUGUCUUUGCGUAUUGUUUAGAGCUUCCCAAGCUUGAUGAGGGGGAGGAAAAAGACGUCCCUUCUGCCUUUUCUAAUUAUAGAAUUCAUUCUGUGCUGAGUUUUCUUUUUUCCCACCACUACCUUUUGGAAAGUGAUGUGAUUUUUGCAUCCCCAAACAUAUUAGUAGCUGCUAAAUAGAGAAGUAAUCAGAUCUGAUGAUAAUAAAAGGGCUGUAUUCUGCGUGCUACAAUAGUGUCAUGAUCCUGGCAUGCUAAACAGUACAUCUGCAGAACUCCUCCUAAUUAAGGCAAGAUUUGCUACAGAGGGAAGCAGCAAUACAUUAUUUGGUGUCUGUGUCACUGUUCCUAUUGGAAAGGAUAGAGUGAACUCAGAAUUCCCACAGGUACACAGGGAAAGAAAGGACUCCGUGAGGUUCUGCAGUUUGGGUCAGCAGUACUGGGGCAUCCCAGGAAGAGAAGAAAAUUGUUAGGCUUCAGGAAUGCUGUUAGUGCAAUUUUGAGCACAUCCAGAGGAAAGCUGAGGUGAGUCCCACUGAAUUGGGUAGUGGGACUAAGACUGCUCAGUACUUUGUCUUCAAGAGGUGAAGUUGCUGAAGAAUUGAGCUGAAACACAUUUGGAACUUAGUCAUGAACUUGCAAAUCAUGUUGGUAUGGAGAUUAUUGGAGAUAUGAGCUCUUCCAUGCACAACAUCCCAAAAAGAAAAGACUUUUACCUUCUUAUACAGAGUGAAAAGAUUUUCUGUGUUCUACUUACUCUGCUGGGGUACUGUAGCUACAGGGAACAGCAUACAAAGCUACAGCAUUCACCAAGUAAUAGAUAAUUAUCAUUCACCAUUUUUUGUUCUUCUAGACAUUUUUCUCUUCCAAAUAUGCAGCAGGUUUGGGUUUUCUUUUUCUUUUUCUUCUUCUUUUUCUUUUCUUUCCCAGAGAGUAAUAUGCAGUGUUUCUAGGAUGGGAUGUCGAAAUUCUGGCAGCUGCAAGGGAACACAAUACUUGAAAACCCCUGCAGGAGAAACUUGUCUACUUUCUUAAACGUAUUAGCUGAAUGAGUUUAUAAAACAGGGAUAGCAUCUUCUGUUACUUGUAAAACAGGAGCAAAGUCUUAAUGCAGUUGGAAAUGAUUUAGAGUGAGUUUUUCUUGCCAAAUUCCAAAUUACUGUAUUCUUGUCAGCAUAUUUUUCAUUGGUUCACAAAAACAUUGGUGGGCUGUGUUAUGCUAAGGUUUACUUCUACAGAGGGCUGUGCUCCUGGUGUGAGGUUCUUGGUGCUCUCUGACUAGUUUGAGGAGAAGCAGAGGCUGCUCAGUAGUUGGCUGUAUGGAGCAUAACUGAGAUGGAAACUGUUGGUGUCAUGACUGCUGAAAUAUAAACCACACCAGAUGGGUUCUUGCCUUAGCCUGCACCAGAAUGAACAGGUUUGGAACUGACUAACCAAAUGCCUUUUCCUUUUUGGUAUUUAUAUUUUGAUAUUAAUAAUGUGACAACACUGGUGGAAAAAAAUGAUUAGCUGUAUGAAGAAGAUUGUUGUAAUACUCAGCGAAUUUUCCUAAAUGCAUUAGGGAUAUUUGAAAAUCAAAUCUUAAACAUUCUUUGAAAGGAAAUAUCAUGCAAGGACUUCCAGAGAGUCCUGAAUGAUCUGAAGGCUUUGUUUUCCCUGGCAGGGGAGAAAUACUGUAGAAGGCUGAAUGUAUGCAGCUGGGAGGCUGGGUAGGCAUUCAGCUGUGUACCCAUAGCUGUAUCAGAUGUUUGGGAGCACGUGCACAGCACACGAUGUUAAUGGGUGUGUUCUGUGUGGAGAGAGCACAGAGACUUCAGUCCCCUGACAAAUAUGUUACACCACAAUGAUUCCACUAUGUUAAAUUUCAGUGCCUAAAUCCUUUGUCCACAGUAUUCUCACAUUUUUUUCUGAUUCCUGACAAUGGAAAUGAUCGCAAAAGUCAAACCUUCAGAGCAAUCAGAUUUUCAGUGCAGUCUCAGUCAGACAAAGCAUAAAUCCCUCUUUAUGCCAGUUUUGUCCUAGGCCAGAGGAGCUGUAAGGCCUCUUGUUGCAGGCCUCCCUCCUUGGUGAUGCCACAUCCCAUUAGGCCGUGGCUGAGCCAAGCUUCUUCCUUGAAGAAGCUUGCUCUGUGGAGAAACCCUCAGCUCUUCUUUACUGGCAGGCUGCUUCCCUGCAUGGUACUACACCUUGGCGCUGGAGGCUUCCCAGGCAGUACACAUCUGCAUAAGGCAGAUUUAGGCCUUUCCUACAGAAUUAUCACUAAUUUGUGGUUUAGGCUUACUUUACUAAAGCAAGAGUCACUUUUUUUUUUUUUUUUUUUUUCUUGGAGUGUUUCACAGGCUCUGAUGUACAACGUUCCUGUUCUAUCCUCUUGCUUGUCUUAAGUCAUCAUCUAAAACUAUAUUAAUGUGUGUAAUUGCUACUCUGGCAAGUUUCAAGUGUGUACCACUCAUCUCAAUUUCAUAGAAUAAAAUGUAGAUUUGCAUUUUAA